UCUGGAGAAUAAUGGAUGAGGCUUCAAAUUUCUGCUAGAGUGUUAUAUCGCCAUUUAUAAAGCAGUGACAGUGAGCUUAUUAGCGUGUUCAUUGGAAUGUGAAUUGCAUAUCAUUUGAUCAAAGCCGAACCUGAUACGUGUAGUGCUUUUUUCAGUACUGGAACGAAAUGUUUCAGUCAUCAUUGCAAUGACGUGUUUUGUGAUGACAGUGUCUCAUUUUUCCUCUAUGUGGAUUGUAGCUUAUUAAAGGAAUACCUAGAAAUGCAGUCGACCACGGUACGUGGUGUCAGUGGACAACCAGUUAUAACUUCCGGUCACGUGACCUAUAACGUGUCGACAGAGGGCAGUAACGACUCCGACCACUACGCAGGGGAGGAACCCUAUUACUUCCAGAGGGAAAGGAUUAUUUUUGAUAGCUGUAUUUUCGCGGCAAUUGUAAUUGGGAACCUGGUCGUGCUUCUCGCCGUAUGGAUAUCCAGAAAGAAACGGCGAUCACGGAUGACGUUCUUUAUUCAACAAUUAGCCAUUGCAGACUUGCUGGUUGGUUUAUUCAGUGUUCUCCCCGACCUUUUACUGAUGGUGGACGAGAAAUGGGAGGGUGGGGAACCUGUUUGUAAAAUUGUCAAGUACUUACAGGGCGUGGUGACCUAUGGCUCCACCUAUAUGUUGGUAGCACUAAGUGUAGACAGAUGGGAUGCUGUAGCUCGCCCUAUAGAUGGAAUCACCAAUGCUAAUUUCCGUUGCAAAGUCCUCACCAUAUCGGCCUGGUCGGUCGCCGCAUUGUUCUCGUUGCCGAUGUUCCUGUUUGAAGAUAUACAGGGUCAAUGUAUGAUAAGCUACUUUGAGGAUUGGCAAUGGCAGCUUUACAUCGUGUUGAUAGCAGUAGCAGUAUUCUUCAUACCAACAGUCAUCAUCGUAUGCUGCUAUGGAGCUAUCAUCCAUAUUCUACUGCAGAAGACUUUCGAAUGUACGGAAGUGAAGAAAAAGGGCGACAGGGACGAUAUAUCUCCUAAAAACGGUUAUAAACAACACAAAUCUCCCGGGCUAUUACGGGAUGGAAAACGGCGUAAUCUAUCCCGGAGCUCCAGAGGAAUUAUUCCACAAGCUAAGAUCAGAACCAUUAAAAUGACAACAGGCAUCGUAAUUGUGUUCAUCCUGUGUUGGAGCCCCUACUUCAUCGUCAACCUUAUAGCGGUGUUUGGUCACCUCGACUUCACUAGUAACCUAGUACAUGGUAUUUAUGCCUUUAUCCAGAGUCUGGCUCCACUCAACAGUGCACUUAACCCGGUCAUCUAUGGAAUAUUCAGCUCGAGGACGUGUCAUCACCUCACAACGUUUAGUUACCGAGGACAGCUGCGAAAGACGUGUCCCUGCUGCCGGCGAUGUCUAAAGGAGCCGCACGUGCUGAUACCUCGAUGGAGUCACACCGACGUCUCCUACAGCACGUGUCGGCAGACGAUCACUCCAGACAAAAGCACUGACAUCAUCAAGCCAUCGGACAGCACGGAGCUUUGUGAUUUAAUCGUCACCAGUGAUAUGCUUGAGGAGCAUAGCAGGUGUUAAACCAUCGAAACGACUGUGGAUUUAAUAAAGCCGCCUGGUCAGUGGUCAGUGGUCAGUCAGUGGUCAGUGGUCAUUCGAUGGAAGAACUAUAUAAUAAGCCUUAAAUACAUAGGUAAUGAGGUAAAAUACGAUUUUAGGUCUGUGAUAAUAGAUAUAGAAUAACAAUCUUAACUGUAGACCUAUAUAUUUACAUUAUUUCAGUGGCAUCAAUUGUAUUCUGUAUUUUAUCGUUAAAAAUAGUUGUCACAAAUUACAAUGAGCGCCAUCAGAUCAUGUAAUCCUUACAAAUGGUCGAUCCAAGAUGGCGGACCAGGAGUAAUACUUUGUUUUAUAGUAGUUUUGGAACAAUUCGUAACCAAAAUGCAUCACUGAUUGGAACCAAUUCAUAACAUAUGAUCUGUCAAAAUAACUACUCUGUGAAGACAUGUUUUUUGUAAGUACUAUUGGGCGUCAUCGGAGAGUUUCUCUGACAAUGGACCUAAACAUUAAAUGAUUUGAUAAUUUAA